GUUUUCAUUUAUUCAAUUUCUGUGUUUUCCCGUUCGAUUUAGCUUUGCUUGCAGUGACAUUUACAAAGAAAGCAGUAAUUUUUAUGAGCAUUUUAUUUUUGAAUCCUGCUAUGUACCAAUUUUGAAAGUAUAUUGUGGUUUUUUAAGUAUUUAAUCGAGAUGACGAUCGAGGAGAGCCUAAAACGUGGCUUUAGUAAUGAUUUUAGUAAACAAAAAGGCGAUGAACUUGACUUCAAAAUUGUGUGCUCGUCUAAACAAGUCCUAAUGAAGCAAAUUAACUUCAAACCUGCAAAGACUAAAGUGAACUACCAGAUGCAACAACUCAGAGACAAGUAUGUCUUGUUGAACCCACAGCAGAAAGAUACCAAUUACCAACCGGUGUUGUAUAACAAAGAUGGUACCAAGAAACGAGAACGUUUACCUAGCCUUGGUGAAUCUGAUGAUUCUGAGUCGACAAUCGAUAUACCAAAGCCUGCACAUGUGAUCUACCCAGCCAGUAAGAUUAAGCUCAACUGGCAGGUCAACCGAAGCAUUGGCUGUACUCUUGCCAACCAAGGAAACACAUGCUUCAUGAACUCUGUGCUGCAGUGUCUAACAUAUACACCGCCAUUGUAUAACUACUACCAAACUGGACACCAUAAACAAACCUGCAAGCGACCUGGUCUAUGUGUGAUGUGCACGAUAGAGAACCAUGUGCACAUGGUUAUGAAACAGCCAGCACAUGUGAUUACUCCAGUUGUACUGACAUCUAAAUUUAGAAAUAUUCAGAAACAAAUGGAAACAGGCCGACAGCAUGAUGUUCAUGAGUUUCUGCGUGUCCUCUUGGAAGAAAUGCAUAAAAGUUGCCUGUAUGGUUUCAGUAAAGAUUUGGAUCGUCUAACUGAAGAAACAUCUGCUGUAUACCAAGUGUUUGGUGGGAAAAUCAGAAACAGGAUUUGUUGUACCAACUGUAAGUACAGAUCUGACACCUUCGAGACCUUCCUUGACCUGCCUCUUGAUCUUAAGAGUAAGAGCAUGGAGCAGUGUCUACGUGUCAUGAUGAAGCCAGAGAUGCUUUUUGGAGACAACAAAUACAAGUGUUCAGGAUGCAGAAAACUUGUAGAUGCACGUAAAACGUUCCGCAUAGUGAAACCUCCAAAUGUCUUGACAGUGGUUUUGAAAAGAUAUGAUGCUUCUGGACGUAACAUCAAGAACAGAAGAUUCAUCGAGUAUCCCGAGUACUUUGACCUUAGACCUUUCAUGGCUGGUGCAAAAAAACCUGUUAAGUAUAAGCUGUAUGGCGUUCUACCCCACGAGGGAAGUGGCAGCGGGCAAGGGCACUAUUUUACAUAUGUCCGAGCCCCAAACAACAACUGGUACAAAAUGAAUGAUCAUGCUUCAGACAGAGCUGUACGAAACUAUGUAAUGAAUGCCGAAGCCUACCUACUAUUUUACGUUCGCAUGAUUGACAAUGAAUUUACAUCUCCUGAAAAUGGCCGCAUUCACACUCAGAGUCCCAAGACUAAUCAUAGUUACGCUAAUGGCUCAACAUCAUUCUCACCAUUACCUCAGAAACAUGCUGUGAAGUCCACACAUCCAUGCUACACACCAACAGUAACAAAACCAUCUACCCCAAGAUCUGUAGCGACUUCUCUGCCACAGGAUCGUGCAAAGCUUUCAUUUACCAUUAAUCGUAAAGACCCAGGUAACACAAUCAGUCAAAAACCAAUUGGUUCAACAAAGAAUUCAAACAUGAAAUCUCUCACAAGGAAGACAGCAGAGUCUUUUUUGAAGCCCAAAGUUAGAACUGAAACUCCUCCACAUCAGGCUAGUCCAUCUAAGUCAGGUACAUCUUCGAAUAUAACAUCCUCAAAGCCCAUUCUUGUACCCUAUGGAAGUGACUCCAGUGACUCUGAAGAUUAUGACGAAAUUGUGCAGAAGCUGUCGGUGAAAUCUUCAGAGAAGAAUAAGUCAAAGAUUGAGUCCUCUAAUGUUAGAGGAUCUAACACAAACUCAACAAAGAAAGAAGAUUCAAAGACAUCGCCAUUAUCAAACAACAAGAAUUUGAUGGCAAUGAGAAGUACUGAAUCACCUCUUAGACUUGCUAUAACAACAGACUGCAAUGCCUCCAAGAUGAUGUCAACUGGUCUAUGGAAAGUUAGUGCAGAGACUGAUCAAAAACCACCUUCUAUUGCUUCGGAUGCAAGUAACACAUCAGCAUCAUCCACCUCUGAAUGGAAUGUGCAAGAAAAGAAAAAGCUUACACCUCUACCAAAGGAGAGCAGUUGUGAAGCAGAGUUCCUUGGUUGGACUGUGAGUCACAAACCACCUACAGAGAUUCCUGUCUCGCCUUCUAUUCCUCAAUCGCCCACCUCACUUACGGAGGGUUCAAGCUCGUCAAUUAACGAGAAAAGAAGUUGGUUAAAAGAAAAACGUCCAGUUACGAACACAGGAAGUAAAUGGCCCCCUAUACCAUUGCCACCUCCCCAACAUGGAAAGCAGGAUAUCAAGCCAUCCCAGAAAUGGAAGAGUGCUAAGCAAGAAAGUAAUAAACAUAGUGAAAAAUAUAACGGUCAUCAAAAUGGACAUUCAAUUCAACUGGCGGACAAAUCUAAUGGACAUAUAUGUGAGAACAGCCUGAAAAACAAACUAACUAGCAAUGCAAACUUUAAUCUGAAAAGGGAUUUUUCGAAGAAUGAACAGAUUAAGAAUGAUGUUGACAGUAUGUCUUCAAAGAGAUCCAGAAUGGCUAACAAUUCUUCUUCAGAUGCUUCGUGGAAGCAGACAAACACUAACAACUCAGGUAAUUUGACAUCAAAUAAUGGAGACAACAAAUACACCAACCAGACACCAACAAAGACCUUCUCUUCCACUGCACCAACCCAAGCUUGGGAUCAGCAUGUCAGAGACGGCUACCACAGGAAAGACCUCAACCAGUCUUCAUCCAGUAGGUCUGCAUGGGAUGGCAGGGACAAUGACUCCAGUAACAGAAACAUCCACAAGACCCUCAGUAGCACCUCCAUGCGUAGCUAUGGAUCUUCAGGUAAUCACUCCUCCACCACAAUUGGAGUGGCGUCUUGA